AUGGAGACUGUCCAAGCACUCUUGGAUCACUUCUUCGAUGAUGAUACACUGGAUGAUGACACGCACCAACACCAGUAUCUUAGAUCCAGAAUCGGGAAUGAGCCGGAUGGAGUAGAUGAACCUCCCUUCGCUGUUGAGGAGGUUUUAGAACAUCUUAAGUGGAUGAACCCCAAGAAGGCACCCGGCAUUGAUGGUCUUACAUCUGACAUUUGCCUACAGUUCACUAUUAAUUACCCAGAACUUAUAACGGGAAUCAUGAACAGGUGUCUAGAGCUCCAACAUUUCCCUCAACAGUGGAAAGGAGCGGUAGUCAAAAUCAUACCAAAGCCGAGCAAGACUGAUUAUAGCGAAUUGGGCUCCUUCCGCUCAAUAGGGCUAUUGUCGGUCUUUGGAAAGUUGCUCGAAAAAUAG